AUGUCAAUGUAUCCAGACCGACGAGGCGGAGGCGGAGGCGCACUCGGAAACGACUACCCAGAACAACGAGGCGGCGCAAAUGGUUAUCCAGAGCAAAGGGGCGGGAACAAUUACAGACAACAAUGGGGAGGCGGCGGAGGCGCAGAUUAUAUGGAAAGCCGACAGAUAGAACGAGAAAGCAAAGUAGUCGAUAUCUGGCCUCCUUCACCAAAAGCGCCAAGAAAGCGCCUCGACGACAGUGACACCGACGACGACGACGACCGCAGGGACCGGGACAGAGACAGAAAGCACCGACACUCAAAACAUCGCCAUCAUCACAAAAGCAGCAAGAGCAGCAAACGUCGGAGAGUCGAAAGCAAGCCCCGCAGACGAUCCUCCCCCUCUCCAAGCCCCAGCAAAAGCCCUGUCACGAGCGAAGACGAACGGCCGUCGCGUGCUAGUAGGGACAGAGAUAGGGAUAGAGAGGACAUGCCUCCGCCCCCGCUUCCCCCGCAUGUCCCCCCUCCCUCAGGUUCGAACGCCAAUGCAAGCGGCCCUCCUAGAGAGAAUAACGACGACGAAGAAGAAGAAGUCGGCCCCAAACCCCUGCACGCCGCCCCCGCGAAGCGCGUCGACGAGCGCGCGUACGGUGGUGCCCUCCUCCGCGGUGAAGGCUCUGCCAUGGCCGCCUUCCUCCAAGACGACACCGACGUCCGCAUCCCGCGCCGUGGUGAAAUCGGCUUGACAUCCGACGAAAUUGCGAAGUACGAAUCGGUGGGGUACGUGAUGAGCGGGAGCCGGCAUCGCAGGAUGAAUGCGGUGCGUAUGCGGAAGGAGAACCAGGUUAUCAGCGCGGAGGAGAAGCGGGGGAUUCUGAAGCUGCAGCGGGAGGAGAGGGCGAGGAGGGAGAGCAUUUUGAGGGAAGAGUUCACGGCGCUGGUGGAGGACAACUUGAAGGGAGGCGCGGUGGGCGCGAUUGGCGCUGCAGAGAAGAAAAAGGAUACAUCGGACGAUUGA